AUGAGUACAAAUGAGUUUAAUAAUUUAUUUAAAAAAAAAAUGCAUAGACCAAUUUGUAAUAAAGUUAAAUUGAAUAAUAAUGAUGAGAAUAAUAAGGUAAAUGAUAUAUGUAUUUAUAAUAGGGACUUUCCUCCUAAUAUAAAUAAAAAUAAUAUUACGAUAAAUAAUAAUAAUACUAAUAAUAAUAAUAAUAUAAAAAAAAAGAAUAAUAAUUUUUUAUGUGCACAAAAUAAGAAAGGUGAUAAGAAUAUUAUAUGGAUACGUAAUAAAGAAAGAAAAUCCAUUAUAAAAAAAAAAAAAAUAAGUAAUGAUACCACAAAAUAUAUAAAUAAUAAUAUUAAAAAAAAAUCCAUAAGUUGUACUGAGAAAGCAAAUUGUGUAAUUAAACAUAAUUCUUUUAUUAAUAAAACCAAAAAAUUUGGAAGACUAAUUAAGGAAUACGACCCAAUAAAAAGUUCAAAAAAUAUAACAAAUAUUCCUCAUAUGAGAAAAACAAAAAAUUUGAAUGAUCCAUUUUUCUUAAAUAAUUAUUAUUAUAAUAAAGAAGAAAACAAUCCAAUCAUUAUUUGUAGUGAUGAAAAAGAAAGAAAAACUAAGAUAUAUAGUACCAAUCAUCAUACAAAUAAUAUAUUAAAUUAUAAUGAUCACACAUUAAAAUUAUUUUGUAAUAUUACUGAGAACAAUAAAGCUAUUUUACAUACAAAUAAAAGUCAUUUGCCAAAAAAUAAUAUUUUAAUGCCAUCAUAUAUGCAAAAAAAAGGUACACAUAUUAGAGAGACUAUUAAAAAUGGGUAUCCGAAUAUAAAGGGUGAGCCUAAUACCAGUGGGGAUCAUAUAACAAAUAGUGAGCAUAUUAUAAAUGGACAGUAUGAUGCAUUAAAAAAUAUGUCUUUAAACAAUUAUGAUCAUCAGCAUAAUAAUAUUAUGAACAAUAUGCCUAAUAAAUCUAACAAAAACAAAUUAUCCGUACUGAACAAUAAUAUUAAUAUUAAUAAUAAUAUUAAUAAUAAUAAUAAUAAUCAGGAUGUGAUUGAAAAUAUGAAUGAAUAUCCAAUUACUUCAAAAAAUAUCUAUGACAGUAUAUAUAUACCCCAAAUAAAUAUAAAAAAUAUUAUAAACUCAGAAGAAAUUAAUAGUAAUAAUAGUAAUAAUAAUAAUAAUAAUAUUAUUAAUAUUCAUAAUAACAAUAUGUAUAGUAAUCCAACAAGUAGUGUUACUUCCAAGAAGAACGAAAAUAACAAUUUGAUUAAUACGUUGAAUGCUUACUCAAAUGUCAAAGUUGCUGUUCGUAUAAAACCUAUAGGAGAAUCUGAAGAAAAUAUUGUAUCCAUUUUUAAUAAUAAUUAUGUUUUGAUAGAGAAAGAAAAUGAGAAAGAAUGUUAUUUACUGUCUCAAAAAAAGAAACAGUCAACAUAUGUUUUUGAUGCCGUUUUUGAUGUUAAUGCUACACAAGAAGAAGUGUUUUUUCAAACAGCUAAGCCAUUAAUACCUCAUGUUUUUAAAGGUAUAAAUUGUACUGUUUUUGCAUAUGGUGCUACAGGAUCAGGAAAAACAUAUACUAUGCUUGAUGAUAAAAAUCAAAAUGGUAUUGUACAAUUAUCUUUAUUAGAAUUAUUUACUAUAAUAAAUGAAAAGAAAUGCAGAAAUAUAAAAGUACUUAUGAGUUUUUUAGAAGUAUAUAAUGAAACUAUUCGAGAUUUAUUAGGAAAAGAAAAAAAUAAAACUUUAGAAGUUCAAGAAGAUGUUGCUGAAGUUAAAGUUAGUAAUUUGUGUGAAAUAGAAGUAAAUAAUUAUGAACAAGCUAUGUUAUUAAUAAAUGAAGGUGUCAAAAAUAGGAAAAUGUCACCUACGAGAGCAAAUAAAGUAUCUAGUAGAUCUCAUGCUAUUUUACAAAUUUAUGUUUAUAAUGAAAUUUUAGAUGAUGAUAUGAAUACUAUAAGUUAUAAAGCCAAAUUAUGUUUUGUCGAUUUAGCAGGUUCUGAAAGAGCUAGUGCAACAUCAAAUAAAGGAGAAAGAUUCAAAGAAGGAUCUUAUAUUAAUCAAUCCUUAUUAGCAUUAGCUAACUGUAUUAAUUCUUUAGCAUCUAAUAGGAAUAUAUCCAAAGUAAGAGUUAAAUAUAGAGAUAGUAAAUUAACACAUUUAUUAAAAAAUUCUCUUGAAGGCAAUUGUCUAGUUGUUAUGAUUGCUAAUAUUAACCCAUCUAGAACAUCAUUUCAAGAAUCUAAUAAUACUCUUAAAUAUGCUUUCCGUGCUAGAAAUAUUAAAUUAUGUGCUACAGUACAAACAAAUGAUAAUAAAGAAAGCGAUAUAGAAAAAAUUUUAAAAAAAAAUGAAAAUUUACAAAAAGAAUAUGAUAUCUUAUUAGGAAAAUAUACUAAUUUGAAAGAGUUCUUUGUCAUUAUGAAUGUUAUAAUUCAAUUAUAUAAAAAACAAAUUUCAUGUUAUAAAUUAAUAGAAAACAUAUCUGAUAAUAUGUCCUCCAUGGAAUUAAAACAAGAUA